AUGUUUAAAGAUGAAGUAGCAGGAAAACAAAUAACUUGUUUUGUUGGAUUGAGGCCCAAACUUUACAGUUUUAGAAUUGAAGAAGAUAAAGAAGUACGUAAAUGUAAAGGAAUAAAGAAAAAUGUUAUAAAAAAGAAAUUAGAUUUUGAUGACUAUGUCCAAUGUUUAUUUAUGGGAAGAAAAGAAAUGAGAAAGAUGAAGAUAAUACGAAGUGAAAAACAUGAAAUAUAUUCAAAAGAAGUUAACAAAGUAGCUCUAAGUAAUGAAGACGAUAAAAGAGAGGUCUUAUUGGAAAAGGUAAAAACAAUAGCUUUAAGAUAAUAAGAUAUAAAUAAUAAAUGUCAUAUACAGAAGAUCAAAUAAAGAAAUAUCUAGAAAUAUUGAAUAAUUAUACUAGUAAACCUGAAGAGGAAGUUAGUAGAAAAUCUAAAUGUUGUAAUUGCCAAAAUAGUGAAUGUUUUACCAUUGAUUCUGGCUACAAAAUCUGUUAUUACUGUGGAGUAGCAAACGGGCAUGUAUUAGGCUUUUACGAUGUUAAAGAUUAUGAUAGAUUAUAUUUUAGAAAAAAGAGUAUUUAUCAUAGAAAGUAUCACUAUGAGAAAAAGGUUAAUCAAAUUUCUAAAAGAAUAAACCUAACUGAUGAACAAAAAUGUGAACUUUAUGAUAAAGUAAUAAAAAUAGAUAAUUACACCAUGGAAAUACUAAACAAGCAAUACUUUAGAAAGAGAAUGAUAAGUAUUUUUUAUUUAAUUAAAAAACUUUUGGAGGAGAUGGGAUGUAAAAGGUAUAAACUAAUUUAUCUUAAGAUUAGUCCUCAAACUUUAGAGAUUUAUGAAAAGUGGUGGUUAAGUUAUAAAGAUUUAAAGAAUAAAAUAUUUAAAUAA